UACAAAGGCGCACGUUUUCAUCUUCCUCUCUCCUUCCUUUUCGACGGUGUGGAGUCGUAUCAGCAUCCGCUUCCCGAAUUCCGAGGGAUAAUCAGCGAAUGGCCGAAAGAGCAACCCCCUUCCUUCAUAAUCCCCAACUCUGAUUUUCUCUGCAUUACUUCUUCCCCCAUCCUCUAAAGUCUAUGCGCAGAUUGAAUCCUUAGGCAAUUAGAAACUCUUGUCCUUUGCUUCCAGUUCAGGUGUUCCAUUCGUCAUCCGCCUCUUAAUCUUCCUUUUUAUUUGGAGAAUCUCGAUUUCUCUAGGGACUAAUUUUGGGUCCAUUUCAAUUUCUAGGGUUCUUUUUAUUUCUUCUGAGAAGCGUUUGGAUCUGUUCAUGGCCGCUUACGCGGCUUGCCUCCGCGUUGUACGAUUCGGAACCAAUCCGGGCGUAAAUUUGUCUUCUCUGAGAUCCCUCGGUGCUCCGAGCUUGGCUUCGCUUCCAUCCGACAGGUUUCUGGCGGAUCAACCAGAUAUCCGUCCAUCGGCUUCUCUGGCAUCACAUUUUUCCUACAGACAUUCCUUAUCUCACCCGAGAUCUAUAUCUCAACUCGUGAAAUCCAAUGGAAAACGCUUGUUUCUGGUUGAUACGUUAGCCCUGGUCAGGAGGUUAGAGGCAGAAGGUCUGCCCACAAAGCAAGCCGAGGCAAUAACUAGUGCCAUAACUGAAGUUCUUAAUGAGAGCUUGGGAGUUGUUUCCCAGUUGGUUGUUUCAAAAGGAGACAUGCAGAAAACUGAAAUGGUCCAAGAAUCAAAUUUGUCCAAGUUCAAAAGUGAAAUCCACAGCUCACUGGAACACCACUUCUCAUCGCUGCAACAUGAGAAUGAGAAACUGCGCCAUGAUAUAGAGAGAAUCCGUACUGACUUGAGGCACGAGAUUGACAAAGUCACUGCUGGACAACGGUUGGACCUGAAUCUUGAAAAAGGGAGGAUAAGGGAUGAGCUGGCGAAGCAAAACUCAGAAACCUCAAACCUUACAAACAAACUGGAUCGGGAGAUUCACACAUUGAGGGCUCAGUUAGAAGCAGCAAAGUAUGAGGUUAUCAAAUACUGUAUCGGUUCACUUGUCUCCAUCUCCGCCGUGGGCCUCGCCGUCCUCCGCAUCCUCAUGUAGCCUCCUUUUUGAUGGAGCUCUAACUUUUUGUUUCUAUUUUAUCAAUGUAUCCAUUCACCCCUUUUUCUUCCUGUCAUUAUCUGUACAUUUUAUAGAUCCAAAACUGUGGGAGUAUAUUUUAUGUAUUUGCCGAUUACUAUGUGGAUGUGUGAGGGAUUUCGCUCCAACCAUUUCCAGUCGAAGUAUGUCUUUCCAAGUCGGAGUAAAUUCCCAACUGUAACACACCCUUUGGUUAUUGAAACAUAACGACCGAUGUAAUGUACGUAUCGAAACAUUAUGUAA